CUGCAAGGAGAGGAUCCUCACUCAUUUUUUACUAAUACUUGUUCUGUUUUUUUAGUAGUCAAAACUUUCACAAGUUCAACAAAUAGAACUAUUUCUCCGGAAAAAAAAUGAAGACAGAGACUCACGUCGUCCUUGUUCCGUUUGUUGCAUUUGGCCACAUGAUGCCAUUUUACGAGCUCUCGCUCGUCUUAGCCAAGGCCGGUAUUCGCGUCUCCUACGUUUCAACCCCAAGAAACAUCCAGAGACUCCCUCAACUCCCUCCUGAAUUAUCAUCACUCGUCACCUUUGUUCCUAUUCCUUUGCCUUCGCUGGGCUCCAACCUCUUGCCGGAAGGUGCAGAGGCCACUGUCGACAUUACGGCCGACAAAAUGGGGCACUUGAAGGCCGCAUUUGAUCUCCUCAAACAACCCUUCAAGCAAUUCGUCGCUGAAAAGUCUCCGGACUGGAUCGUGACCGACGCCAUCUGUUCCUGGACAGUUGAUGUCGCUGAGGAGUGUCAUGUCCCCGCCGUUAUCUUCUUCCCCUUCACUGCCGCCACCCGUGUGUUCGUCGGACCACCGGAAUAUUUAGUCGGUGAUGCUCAGAGAAGAGUGAGGUCGUCGCCGGAGGACCUGACGUCCCCGCCGUCAUGGGUAAGUUUCCGGUCAUCGGUAGCAUUUCGUCUUUACGAAGCAAUCGGCUUUUUUACUGGGUUAAACACAAGAAAUGCCUCCGGCAUUACAGAUGCUGAACGAGUCGUUAAAUCACUUGGAGGGUGUCGAGCUGUGGCGAUACGUAGUUGCAGAGAGUUCGAAGGAGAGUACUUAGAUUUGUUUGAGAAAAUUAUCGGUAAACCUGCGAUUCCAGUGGGGUUACUUCUCCCGGCAAAACCCGACAAAACACGAAUCGCCGCCGCUGACGACGGCGCGUGGAGUAAGAUCUUCGAAUGGCUCGAUGAACAGAAACCCAAAUCAGUGGUGUUCGUUGGGUUCGGAAGCGAGUGUAAACUCACGAGAGACCAGACUUACGAGAUAGCUUCCGGGCUAGAGUCAUCGGAAUUGCCAUUUUUGUGGGCUCUGAGAAAACCCAGUUGGGCUUCCGACGAUCUCGAUGCUCUCCCGCCGAAUUUCAAUUGCCGUAUCUCCGGCAGAGGUAAAGUCUGCAUCGGAUGGGCACCGCAAAUCGAGAUUCUGGCUCACCCAUCGAUAGGAGGCUCGUUGUUUCACGCCGGAUGGGGUUCGGUGAUCGAAACAUUGCAAUUCGGGCAUUGUAUGGUUGUUUUGCCACAGAUCUUCGAUCAGCCAUUGAAUGCGAGGUUGUUGGUGGAAAAAGGCUUGGCAAUUGAAGUGAAGAGAGGUGACGAUGGGUCGUUUAACGGGAACGACAUAGCUCGGUGUCUGAGAAAAGCUAUGAUUUCUGAGGAAGGAGACGAAAUGAGAGCUCAGGUGAAAAAAGCUGCUGAAAUUUUUGGAGAUCGAAAGCUUCAUGAGGAAUAUGUUGCUGGUUUUGUUGAGUAUCUUAAAACUGAGAAGUCAGGUUUGGGUGUCUAAAGGUUGAAAGUAAGGAGUGCAGAUCCUCAGUCGCACUUUUCUGUCGUCCUCCAAAACAAUGUCGUUUUGAAAGUUUUUUUUUUUUUUUUUUUUUUUUUUUUUCUUUUUUUUUCUUUUUCUUUCUUUCUUUUUUUCUUAUCAUCAACAUUGGGCACUAUGUUGCUGAUACAUCAACACUGGUACACUGGCAUGUUGCUGUCUCUCACCGAUGAUUAACUCUCUCUCUCUCUCUCUCUCUCCCUCUCUUCCUUGUAUGUCUUCCCCUUCUUUUCUCCGUAUUUUUCAAAUCAUCAUACCCACCGAAAGAAAACAAAAACAAAAA